AUGGCAGCAGGACUCAAACCAGACGACAUCAUUCUCGAGUACGACAUGUUACCACUUGUACUUAAUGACGACAUUCUUUCCAGCAGCUUUUCGGACGUAUCCGCGUCUUCUGCAGUCUCUUCGCACGUUGAAAAUGUUCUUGUUAAUUGUUCAGUAGACGUGAGUAUCGCCGUCUCAACAGCUUCUAAUACUGUAGCAGACUCCAGUGAGUCAUGCUCGACUUUAGCCGGUGUCUCUGGUGGUGCUGGCUGUUUAUCAGCCACAGCAGAACCAGUGACGAACAGUCCUGAUGAAUUUACCGCGUUUUUGUUGGACAAUGAACAAUUUUUACGGGACAUGGAGCAAGUGCUCACAUUUGAAUACGACAGUGACAAGCAGACGACAAUGAAACCACCUAGUGGUACUACAAAUAUUGAAUUGGAUGCUUAUAAUGACUUGAAUAUGAUCCCAAGUCCUUGUCCAAGUGUUUCCAGUACAUCUCCAUGUGUAAUUGGUGUAAACGAGUUUGAAAUGGAGAGUUCUUUGGCUGAAAAGCAACAGAAAGAAGUGGACGAAUCGACUAAGAAAGGCUACAAUAUGUUGCCUCUGCAACAUAGAGAUGUAUCACUCUCUGAGGUAUCAGAGACAUCUUUACUGGGACAUACUGACGAUACUGCGUCUGCCUCGCCACAUUAUAUAAUGGCAGAGAAAACAAAUAAGGAGUGCUCGGCAAUUUGUGAAAAAGAUGAAAUGAUGGAGGAAGAAGUUAUGGAAGACGAGAUGGAUCUGUUGGAAAAGGAGGCCAAGUAUCUGGAUGCUCAGGUGAUUUUUUUGCAGUCUUGUGCCAAAUCGAAUCGUCCUCAGCGCAAAAACCUUAAGCAACACCGCCCACGCGAUACGAAGCAGCCAAAGUUGUUGGCUAAAAGCCAGAAAGACAACCAGCUCUUGAUAGACCUUGUUGCGCAGGAAAAAGUCUAUCAGGAAAACUUUCGAGCUAUGCUGGCGCUUGCACCAGUGAACGAAGUGCGUAUGGCUUUAAUGACUCCCAUGGAGUCGUAUAUCCGUCUCGGCAAGGAUUUGAUUGAGCGGAGAAAAACGAUACUGUCUUUACGCGAAGAAAAGCUUGAUAUGACGUACAAAUUUAUUGAACAGAAAGCUGCCGGCUUGGAUGUUAAUGAGCCGUACCAGUACUCGGACGUGUUUGAAAAGUUUGGCAAGCGUUAUUGUGUGGACUUUGCCAUCUUUAAGUAUGACGACGUGAGCGUCUUUCAGGUUGGACGCGCCAUCUACGAGCAAAUCAAAGGAAAGGGUGAGGUGCUUAAUAGCGUCAUGGGAAGCACGACGGUUCGCGAGUCUUUUGAUGCGAUCAAGUGUAACUUCAUGCAUCAGCGGAUUGUCUCAAGCAUGAAGUGGGAGGGCAAAGAUACAGAAAAGAUGCCUGACAUGGAGUCGAAUGCCAUCUUCUAUUGCCGGUUUGGUGACAAUGUAGCAGUGUUAUCGACAGACUACAUCGAUCAAGAUGAUCUGCAUCCAUACGAUGCAUUAAACCGUAUUCGUAGAGAUGUGUCUAGCGGUGUGGUGCUGUCCGGCCACACCGAUGCCAACGGCAAGAAGUUCGUGGUGAUGAAGCGUUACUUGCUGGCUAAGUACCACAUGUACCCGCACAAGGUGUCGCAAGAGCAGCAGGAUCGUUUCUUCACCAGCAUUCCCCGGUGCCCCGACACCAUGAAGACACUUAUCGUUGACAGCCUCCAGCGCAAUGAGACAAGCUGCCCAUGCGCAGGCGACGAUUGA